AUGGCAGAAGCUGCCGUUCAACUACCUUAUCUCGCAUCUCACUAUGCAAUUCCUGAGACCACUCUCACAACCCUCACUCAGGCUCCGACUGUGGAGCUUGUCAAUCAGCUCUUAGAAUCCAUCAACAAAAAGGCCCAUGAAUCCGAUGAGCUCAAGUCGGACAAGCUCCGCUUAGAGGUGGAGCUUGAGAACGCUGUGCGCAGCAAUGAAUCUAAAGUGAAGGUUUUGAAGACCAGCGUGGAGAAGGGCCACGCGGAGGUGGCAGAUUUGCGGAAGAAGCUUCACGAUGCUGAAAACACACGCUCUGAACUCGAGAGCGAGAUCGCCACCCUCAAGUCCUCUUCCACUUCGACUGAAUCCGAGACGACGACCCUCAAAUCACGAAUCACAUCCCUGGAGGCCUCGAACCGAGACACAUUGGCUUUGCUCGAAUCCAAAUCCGCAGCCCAUGAUAAGCUGGCCGAGGAGCUUUCGGCCCAGCACAAGAAGACCAUCGAGCUACGACGUGAACUCUCCACUGCGGAGCAGAAUCUUCAGAGCACCAACGCGGCAUCUGCCAGUGCACGGUUCCGCGAACAGAGUCUGCAGCAAGAACUAGAUCUGACCAAGAAAAACAACGAGUGGUUUGAGACAGAGCUGAAGACGAAGUCAGCUGAACACAUCAAGUUCCGCAAGGAAAAGAGCAGUCGGAUCUCGGAGCUUCAGCGCGACAAUGAAGAAGCCAAUUCAACCAUCGAUUCGCUUCGGCGCAGUGAGAUCUCACUCAAGAGCCGUCUUGACGAGACCGAGCAACGGUACGAAGGCGCUUUGGCCAGCAUCCAUCAACUGAAGGAGGAGGCCAUCCAAGCAACUGAGUCCUUCCGCAUCGAACUUGAUAGCUCGAACCGACUUGCUGAGCUGCAGGGAUCUGCUGCGCAGACCGCCAAGCAGCGCGUCCAAGAGUGUCAGCUUGCGCUGGAGAAGACGAAGGAUGAUGCCGCGCAAGAAAUCUCCCGUAUCCGCGUGGAACUUGAAACGGAAACCAACGACAAGUCUACUGCCGAGCGUCGCAUUGCUGAGCUGGAGACACUUGUUGCUCAGCUAGAGUCUGAACCGGAAAGAGGCAGAUCCGCAAGCCCUGCACUUUCUCUUAACGGUGGUCCCCCCAGCACCCCCAAGCGAUCCGCCCUCUUACGCACCACCGGUACCCCCAACGGCUCAUUCUCUCCUCGUUCUUCACUCAACGGAAGGAGUCUCAAUGUCACUCAGAUGUACUCCGAGUAUGAUCGUAUGCGCACCGCGCUCGCCAGCGAGCAGAAGCAAACGCAAGAGCUCAAGCACGCCCUCGACGAAAUGUGCAUGGAAGUCGAAUCGUCUCGACCUGAACUUGACGAGGGCCGUACUGAACGCACUCGUCUCGAGCAUGCAGUUGUGGAAAUGUCUACCCUUCUUGAAGAGGCCGGGAAGGAGCGUGAUUUCGCACAGAAGGAGGCCCGGAAAUGGCAAGGUCAGGUCCAGGGCUUGGCCCGCGAAGGAGACAUUCUUCGCCAGCAACUCCGCGACCUCAGUGCCGAGGUCAAGGUUCUUGUCCUCGAAGUUGCCGUCGCCAAGCACGGCGAAGAUUACGACCGCGAGGAGCUCGAGAAGAUCGCUCGUGGCGAAGUAGAAGAGUCCGCGAAAGAACUUAACGAAACCGGCCGCUUCAUCAGUCAACACCUCACCACUUUCAAAGACCUUCAUGAAUUACAGGAGCAAAACCAUACACUACGCCGUAUGUUGAGAGAACUCGGGGAUAAGCAGGAGGGCGAGGAGGCCCAGGCUAAGGAAGCUGCACGCCAAGCCGAGAUUGACGAACUCAAGGAGCUUCGGAUGCGCGCGCAGACCAACCGCGACGAGAUCACCAACCUCAGUGCACAGAUGCAAAGCUAUGUCAAGGAGCGUGAUACUUUCCGUAGCAUGCUUAUGCACCGAAAGAACGACGAUCCUUCAGUCUUCUCCCACAUUGAAUCUGGACCGGACUACGCCGACCUACUCCGCAAGGUUCAGGCCCACUUCGACACUUUCCGCGAGGAGACUACAACUGACCACAAGGCUCUUCGCCAACAAGUCAAUGAGCUCUCGCGCAAGAACAGCGAGUUGCUGUCCGAUGUCAGCCGCUCGAGCAGUCAGCAUGCCGCUGCAUCUCAACGCGCAGAGCUCCUUCAGAGCAACUUCAAUAUGCUGAAGAGCGAAAACACCGAGCUUCAGAAACGGUACACUGCACUAUUUGAAAACGCGAACCGACAAGACCUUCGCACACAGCAAGCCGCCGAAGACCUCGUCGAGGCGCAGGGUCUUGUUCAAAGCCUCCAGAGAGAAAGCGCUAAUCUCAAGGCGGAGAAGGAUCUGUGGAAGAACAUUGAGAAGCGCCUUAUCGAAGACACCGAGAACCUGCGUAAUGAGCGAGCUCGUUUGGACUCGCUCAAUGGCAACCUGCAGACUAUUCUCAAUGAGCGUGAACACACCGACGCUGAAAGCCGACGUCGCCUCCAAGCCAACGUUGAGUCUCUAGAGACUGAGCUGCAAUCUACCAAGCGCAAGCUCAAUGACGAAGCCGAGGAAUCAAAGAAGGCGAACAUGCGUCGUGAAUUUGAGCACGAACAAAGCCAGAAGCGCAUCGAUGAUCUGGUGACAAGCUUGGGCUCAGUCCGCGAGGAGCUGGUGGCCGCCAAGACUACCCGUGAUCACCUCCAAUCUCGCGUCGAUGAACUCGCCGUGGAGCUCAAGAGCGCCGAGGAACGCCUGCAAGUGUUCCAGUCUCGGCCUAGCGUUUCUGGUCCCUCCGAUGAGGCCUCCGCCGAGGGUCAAGAUGCUGGUGAUGGUUCUGGCCUCACCCGAGAACAGGAACUUGGUAUCGAGGUCUCGGAGCUUAAGCGCGAUUUGGAAUUGGCCAAGGGUGAACUCGAACAUGCCAAGCAAUUGGCCGAGGAUUACCAGGCCAUCAGCCAAGCCAGUGAAGAACGUCUGGAGUCUGCCACUGAGACACAGGAUCAAUACCGCGAGGAGACCGAUCGUCUUGUGGAGGAAAAGAACACCAAGAUUCAAGAUCUCGAAACCCGCGUCGAAGAAAUCUCUGCUGAACUCGCUGCUUCUAAUGCUGAGAUGUCGAAGAUCCGGGAGGAGCAAGCCGAAGCACAGCAUCGCAUUGAUGAGCAAAAAGCCACCUUUGAGUCUCAGAUCACACGUCUCAAGGAUGACAACGAGCGACAUGUUGCGGCCGCUCAAUAUCACCAAGAAGAUCUCAAGGCCCAAGCUGAGAUUGCUCAGCAUGCUCAACAAAACUACGAAACUGAGCUUGUGAAGCAUGCUGAAGCUGCUAGGAAUAUUCAAGUUGUUCGUGGAGAGAGCAAUCAACUCAAGCUUGAGGUUGCUGAGCUGAAGACUCGAUCUGAAACUUACAAAAACGACCUUGCCCAGAAGGAGACCAGCUGGGCAGAGCAGCGAGCUACCUACGAGGGUGAGAUUUCCGAACUGCAGAAGCGUCGGGAGGAAGUGAUUCGACAAAACUCUGUCUUGCACACCCAGCUCGAGAACAUCACCAGCCAAAUCUCAGCCCUGCAACGGGACCGUGCAAGCAUUCCGGAUGACGAACAAGAUGGAGAACAGACCGCCCCCAAUCUUGAGGGCCUUCAGGAGGUCAUCAAGUUCUUGCGCCGCGAGAAGGAAAUCGUCGAGGUGCAAUAUCAUCUGUCUACCCAAGAAAGCAAACGUCUCACCCAGCAGCUCGACUACACCCAGUCACAGCUUGACGAGAGUCGUCUCAAACUUGAGCAGCAACGUCGUGCAGCCGCGGACAGUGACCACAACGCCCUCAGUCACAACAAGCUUUUGGAAACCAUCAACGAACUCAAUGUCUUCCGAGAGAGCAAUGCCACUCUUCGAAACCAACUCAAACAAACCGAAGCUGCUCGCGACGAAAAGAUCGCUCGUGAGAACCAGCUUGUCCAGGAAAUCGAGCCUUACAAGUCCAAGAUCAGCGAGCUGGAGAGCCAGCUUGAGGCCAAGGAUGGAGAGAUGCAGCUUCUGCAGGCCGACCGUGACCGCUACCAGCAACGCAUUCAGAACAUUCUUCAAAAGUACGACCGCGUCGAUCCCACCGAGAUGCAAGAAUUGAAGGACAAGCUCGCUAGUCUUGAGACCGAGCGUGAUGAGGUGAUUGCCGAGCGGGACAACCUUCAAGCUCAAAUGGAGACACUCCAGACACAGAUCACAGGGUUCCCAGAGCAACUCCAACAACAUGCUGAUGAGCGUUUGGGCGAAUUGCGCUCUAGGCUCACUGAACAAUUCAAGGCUCGUUCCAAGGACCUUAGCUCACGCGUCAAGGCCAAGCAAGACGAGUUGAACGUGGCAUUGCAAGAGAAGGAGGUCAUUCAGAUGGAGCUGCAAACCACGAAGAAUGAGCUGGAGGCUUUGAAAUCCAAGACGGCCGAGGUCCCCACCGCCGCCGUUCCAGUUGUGCCAGCAGAAGACGUUGCUCCUGCUCCUACUCCCAUGGAAACCGAGGCGGUUCCUGUGAACCCAACUCCUGCUUCUCAAUUCCCAACCCCGACAGUUUCGGUUCCAACUGCUGGUGACGCACAACAGAUCCAGGCCCUUGAGCAGAAGAUCCAACGUCUUGAGGCUGCUCUCGCCGAGAAGGACGGUUUGCUGGCCGCACAGGCUAGCGAGCAAGAUGCCAAGGUCAAAGAGAGAUCUGAUCGUCUCAAGGAGCUGUUCAACAACAAGCUCGCUGAGGUCAGAGCUGCCCACCGCCAAGAAGUCGAGAAGUUGUCUGCCGGAUCUGCCGGUGAACAGUCGGUUCCGGGCACCCCUGGCGCUACCGCAACUGCCGAUGGACCCCCGGCAACCCCAUCAAAGCCAGUUGAGCUUUCUGGCUUAACGAUUCCCAAUCUGACAGACGCUCAAGCCAGGGAGCUGGUCGCGAAGCAUGAGACCAUUCGCACCAUUGUUCGAAACAACAUUAUGGGUGGUAUCAAGCGUGAGCGCGAGAAGGCACAGCAAGAGGCGCAAGCCACCGGCGGAGCGAACCAGGAAGCCUUGGCUGGUCUUGAACAAAAGUCAGCUGAAGAGAAACAAGCUCUGCUGUUGGCCCACGAGAACGAUCUGAAGGAAAAGAUUGCUUCAGCUCUCGGACUGGCCGAAAAGAAGACAGCUGCUCGCCUGAGUAUGCUAGACACUCGAUUCCGCACCGCCAGCGCCAAGAUUGAUGUUGUGCAAAAGGCGGCGACGGAGACUCCCCAGAAGGCUGUUGUCGAGGUAUGGGAAGUUGCGAAGUCCGCUCGUCCUGUCCCCGUCCCUGUCGCUGCUGCCAAACCAGUGGCACCGACUCAAGCUCCAGCACCCGCGGCCGCCCCUGCAACUGAAACAGCACCGGUAGCCCAGCCACAGGUCCAAGCCCAGGCUCCAGUCCCUGCCCCUGCCCCUGCUGCAGCCCCUACUCCGGCUCCCACGGCACAGCCAACUCCGGCCCCCGCAGCCCAAGCAGCCCCCGCUGAGACUCCUGUUCAAGCAGGAGAGCAACAAGCCAAUGCGCCCCCGAAUCCAUUCGGUCAGCCUCAAACCGCUGAAGGCCAGGAUGCCUCUUCGCUACCCAACAAGCCACCCGGAGGAAACCAUACUGGCAACCCCGGUCUGAUGCGAGCUCUCCAGUCCGGCCUACCAAUCGCAAGAGGUGGCCGCGGCGGUCGCGGUGGCCAACACGGCGGUCACAUCCAGGGUCAAGGACAGCAGACUGACCAAAACCAGCAAGGUCAACAAGCGAAUGCCCAGCGCGGUGGAGCUCAACGUGGCCGCGGCCGUGGUGGUCACGCCCGCGGAGGAAACCAACAGCAGAACCUGAACGCCUCCGCGCGUCAGUUCAUCCCUCAGGGCAAUAAGCGAUCUCGAGAAGACGGUUCGGAUGCUGCGGCCGAUGCCACCGGCGGAAAGAGACAGCGUGGCGGCGGUGCCCAACAGUCUCGUGGUGGAGGCUCGUCGUGA